GUGCAGAUGUUUACGUCCGCCUCUUUGUGACGUCAGCGCCCAGUCGUCGUCGGAUGAGAAACAGUCGCGAUGUUAAAGAUGCGGAUUAGCGCACAAAAGGCCUCGCGGGUGACGCGACGCGCGCAGGUGUGAACGCGUAGCGAUGCGCGCGUCAGCGGACGAGUCGGGACACAAGAACAGACGGGAAAUCGUGGAUAUUACUGGACCGAGUGUUUUCAUCCGCGUCCGUUAGUCUGGCCUUUCUUCUGCCGAGGAGCCCGGAUUCCGUUUGAGCUCGCUUGCUUUCUCAUUAUCAUGUCGUUCGCGAUGGAGGACGCGCUGGAGUCCGGGUGGGUGUCGGUGCGACCGAAUGUUUUCGAGGAGAAGGAGAAGCACAAGUUCGUCUUCAUCGUCGCCUGGAACGAGAUCGAAGGAAAGUUCGCCGUCACGUGCCACGACCGCACCGUCCAGAAACGGAGCGCCGCGCGGGACUCGCUGCUCGAGGGAGACGCGCCUCCCCUGACCGAGAGCCCGGGCCGAGAGCGAGCCGAGCCCGGCAGAGCCGCCCGCAGCGCGGAGCUGGAGGCACCGGAGCCCGAUGACGCGCCGGCGGAGCUCCCGGAGGACUCCAGCUGGGCCGGGCUCUUCUCCUUCCAGGACAUGCGCGCCGUUCACCUGCAGCUGUGCGCCGUCAACUCGGACCUGGAGCCGUGCCUGCCCGCCCUCCCCGAGGAGCAGACGGUGUGGUCGGUUCUGUUCGGGGCCCCGGAGCUGAGCGCGCGAGACACAGACGCGCUGUGCUUCCAGCUGCAGGUGUAUCUGGGGCACGCACUGGACACCUGCGGGUGGAGGAUCCUGUCUCAGGUUCUGUUUCCGGACAGCGACGACUGCGAGGAGUACUACGAGAGUCUGAGCGAGCUGCGGCGCAAGGGCUUCGAGGACGCGCUCCAGAGAGCCAAGAGACACCUGCAGCAGCUGCUGGAGAAGCAGCGCGGCGUGGAGCGGAUGGUGGAGCUGCUGCAGCUGUACGCGGAGCAGGACGAGGCGUAUGGAGAUCUGGUGGAGGCCACGACUGAGCUCUACCACUACCUGCUGCAGCCCUUCAGAGACAUGCGCGAGUUAGCCAUGCUGCGCAGACAGCAGAUCAAGAUCUCUCUGGAGACGGAGCGUCUGGGGCCGCGGCGCGUCGAAUCUCUGCGCAGGGAGGAUGAGGACUGGCAGAGGAAGGCUCACACUGCUGUGCUCUCCAUACAGGACCUGACCGUCAAAUACUUCGAGAACACGGCCCGCGCUCAGAAAGUGAUGUACGAGCGCAUGCGCGCUGACCAGAGGAAGUUUGGGAAAGCUGCGUGGGGGGCGGCAGUGGAGCGCAUGGAGAAACUCCAGUACGACGUUUCUAAAGAAACACUGCAGCUGAUGCGUGCCAAAGAGAUCUGCCUGGAACAGAGGAAACACGGACUGAGAGAGGAGAUGCAGGGUCUGCAGGGGGGCGAGGAGGCCAUGGUGCGUCUGGACCAGCUGGAGGCCAUGUACUACGAGCUCCAGCUGCAGCUCUACGAGAUCCAGUUCGAGAUCCUGAAGUACGAGGAGCUGCUGCUGACGGCGCAGCUGCAGAGUCUGCGCAGACAGAUGAGCGAGAGGCAGGAGGAGGUGGUUUACUACGACACCUACGAGAGUCCUGAUGCCAUGAAGUCCACCGACGACCCCUCGACCCCUCUGACCCCUCCCAGAGACGACGUGGCCAAACUCCAGCAGAGGACCAGACAGCUGGAGGCCCGCAGAGGACGCAUCACCGCCAAGAAAGCCUACCUCAAACACAAGAAGGAAAUCUGCAUCAUCAAUCACACGCAGAAGCUGCAGCAGCGGCAGGGCGGCCCGGACUGCGUUUCCCAGCAAGCUUUGCUGCAGGAUGAAGAGGAGGAAGAGGAGCAGCGGCUGUCCAGAGUGAGUCAGGAGAGACAGAGGACACUGGACCGACUGCGCAGCUUCAGACAGCGCUACCCGGGUCAGGUGACUCUGAAGUCCACUCGUCUGCGUCUGGCGUCCUCCAGGAAGAGAGCGGGCGCCGGGCCGGAGCAGACGCAGACGCAGGCCGCUAGCGUGCAGACGGAUGACGCUCCGGCUGCGCUGGAACAUUCGGCGGGAGUCCCAGAGCUGCGCCGGCCCGAGAGCUUCCUGUCGCUGCCUCCGAUGGGCGGAGCCGUGGCCGAAGCCCCGCCCCCUGACGCGCACGCAUCACUUCCUCCCUCCAGAGAGCUGCUGCUGCUGGACUCGCCCAUCUCCCUUCCUCUUCCUCCUCCUCCACCUCCUCCUCCUCCUCCUCCUCCUCCUCCCUCUCUGGAGGAGACGCCCGCGGGUGACCCGCCUCAGACCGCCAGCCCUGUUCGCUCUCCCCUCGGACCGUUCACCGCGCGCUUCUUCGACAGCAGUCAGCUGCUCAACGCCAGGAAGAAGCUGAGGAAGACGGCGUCGCUCGAGUCCAGCCAGUGGAGCAGAGGUGAGACGGACACAGGCACAGGGUUUGUGAUGUCUAGGGUUGGGAAUCGAAAACUGAUUCCAGAAUCAGAUACUUAAGGUCAGGAAUCGGAUACUUGUU